GUUUUGCUUUUUAAAAUUGUUGUGAAUAAAAAGGAAUUUAUUCGAAAAACGAAACUUGACGAAUUAAUCUGGGGGUGAAGAAUGAACUUCCAGGCAAGAAUUAGUCCGCUGGGAAAACAUCCAUGCCAUUAAUUGGAACCAAAAGACAUUCAACCGACUAGACUGUCGAUGAUCGUAUGGAUCAAGUUCAAAACAACAGUAUGAACACGUCUUUUAAAAUUUCCAGAGAGGCCAGAAAAACGGCAAGGCAUAUGACCGAUAAAACUGAUAAACGAAUGUAAUAUAAAGAAGGGUCCUCUUGAAAAGAGCUUAAACUAAAUACCCAGUAGUAGGUCCUUGAUCCUACUCGGAAGAAAGGUAGAUAUGUAAGAUGAGAUGUGGAUACAUUUUCUAAUGACAGAAUCUUCUAUAUACUAAUGUAAUUACUUGGGAUAUACAUAUACACCUGUCUGUGUACUUGACAUAAUUUACAUUCUGCCGCCGUCAAGCAGUGUUAUCCGAUAAAGGACCUAUCAUUCUUGGGUAAGAUGUGGAGACUUCGUUUUAUAUGAAACAGUUCCCGAGUGUUUGUUAGCUACCUUAGGUCUGAGGGUAUAAGGUUGCAAGAAAGUGGGACUCAUUGGUAUUUUAAGUUUCUAAAACCAUACCUUAACAGAUAACUUAUCAGUGCUUGGAGAGACGAUGGCUGACGAUAAAAAGGAAGCUAUUUUAAAGGAAAAUAAAAGUUUCUUACAAAGGGAACUGGACGACCUGAGGUCAUUAGAUCUUUUGCGGGCAUCUCUUGCGGAGUUUCUUGGAGUCAUGUUUCUUGUUAUGUACGGAGUAGGAGCCGGACUGUAUCAUGAAUCUCUUGGAACGAAACCUAGCAGCGCACAUAUUGCCAUAGAAACAGGAUUCUUUAUAGCCGUCAUAAUAACAACACUGAGUACCGUGAGUGGAGGUCACGUGAAUCCCGCCAUUAGCAUCGGUUUCCUAGUAACAGGGGGCAUAACCUGCUCCAGAUUUUUGUUCUAUGUGUGUUUUCAAGUGCUUGGUGCCAUUGCUGGCAUGGCUAUUAUAAGCGUUGUGUCCCCUGUUGAAAUGCAGCAUGGGAGUUUUGGCGUGAUUUUGCCCGGACCAAACGUCACUGACGUCCAAGCGUUCGCUUGUGAGGUUUACAUCACGUUUUUACUGGACUUUGCCACUUUUUCGUUCCUUGAUUCGGGGAGAUCAGACAUGGCUGGCUCUGUCCCGUUUAUCAUCGGAAUUCUGGUUGUUAUUAAUGUGUUCUCAACAUGGAAUCUAUCUGGUGGUUGUAUGAAUCCUGCCCGAAAUUUUGGUCCCAUGAUCAUUAACGCCGCCUACGACAAAGUUUGGGUUUACUGGGCUGGGCCAAUGAUAGGCGGAGCACUGGGGGCCUUUAUCUAUGACCGGGUGUUUUCAACCCGAGUUUGUAGAAAUAUACUGCAUGGCUGUAAUAGCAAGGAAAGUAAGGACUCCAUAAAUGCCAAAAUGCCAAAAGAAAUUUAUGUUAACGAAGCGUUUACUGUGGAGAAUUCAAAGCUAUAAAAAAGCUAUACAAUUUUAUUAGCUUCCACGCACCAUAAUGUCAGUAUUUAGUAUUAAAGUGGACUAGCAGGUCAUGUUGUUUAACAUUUAUCAAGUAUCUAUUUAAAUAACAGCACCACUGAAAAGGAAACAUAAUUUCAUAAAUUUUUUAAUUAUUAUUUAUCUUAAAAAAUAAAACUGAGUAAUAAUUAAAAGAAUAAAUGCUGAGAUGCAAAGAUACAAGAAUAAAAACACAACAACGUGUGUUCAUUCAUACAAUGUAUCAAACUGGUUAUUUUUUACUUAUUAAACACUUACAUGUAAAGACAUCAUAAUCAACAUGAUGCUAGCAAAUACAUUACAUUAUAACCUACUUGUAUGUAACGAAGUAUACAGCAUUGAUUAACAUAACAUAACAAUUGAUUAUAAGUAUUCUAGCAAUUUGUUCUAAUAUCUACCUCUUAUCCGGUAAGUCCGAGUUCUAUGUUUGCUUUUAACCUGUACAUAUCUAUUGAUACCUCAUUUUGUAUUCAUGAAUAAAAUAAUUGAGCAUAUG